ACAAGCAGACCUAACUCAGAAACUUCUCCAAGCAUCCCAGCUCUCAGCCUAACCCCUGACACCAUGGCCUGCUGUUCUACCAGCUUCUGUGGAUUUCCCAUCUGUUCCACUGCUGGGACCUGUGGCUCCAGCCGCUGCCAAUCAACCUGCAGUCAGACCAGCUGCUGCCAGCCAACCUCCAUCCAGACCAGCUGCUGCCAGCCAACCUGCCUCCAGACCAGUGGCUGUGAGUCCGGCUAUGGCAUUGGUGGCAGCAUUGGCUAUGGCCAGGUGGGCAGCAGUGGGGCUGUGAGCAGCCGCACCAGAUGGUGCCGCCCUGACUGCCGUGUGGAGGGCACCAGCCUGCCUCCCUGCUGUGUGGUGAGCUGCACAUCCCCAUCCUGCUGCCAGCUGCACUAUGCCCAGGCCUCCUGCUGCCGCCCAUCCUACUGUGGGCAGUCCUGCUGCCGCCCAGCCUGCUGCUGCCAGCCCACCUGCACUGAGCCCACCUGCUGUGAGCCCACCUGCUAAAAACCUUCUGAUGGAAAUUCUAAGACCAUGGCACUUCAAAAUUAGCCAAGGUAGAGUCCCAACAAACUUCUAAGCACUAGUACCCAUAACCCAGCCCACCUCAUGCCACAAGGGCUACAUAAUUUCCCUAACAUGGGAAUUGAUUUAUAAUAAAAAACCAAAAAUACUUCAUAAAUCUGGAUAUCAAUAGAAGUCCUACAGUGUGAAAAGAAAUGUAUAAUACUUUGCCAUAAAUAUCUUCUGAAAUGUUUCAACAACUCAUCGGCUUUUGGAUUUAAUAAAAUUUUUCAUUCUUCAGUGAUGAA